GGCGACCCGAGGUACAACACUCACGGCAUUGUAGUUCACGGAAAAGUCCAGCAGACGGCGUGUGUGUCAUCUUGAGAACGUACGAAGUGACACACGUAUACGACGCGUACUGAUCUAGAAUCAGAUGCCUUAGCUUGUAAUUGUGGCGAGGGCCUUUGAAGCUGAAUAAACACUGACCUGAGAACGCGGGUGAAGAGCCGCCGGAGGCAGUGCGUUCGUUUUGCUCAAACGGAUAACACAUACGGGGCGGUGUUUGUGUAGUUUAAAAGGUAACUCUUAGUAUCCCGGUAGACGGAACCGCUCGCGCGGGAGAUUGCGAUAGGGAAACCAACGUUGCAAAAAUGUUGAACUACAAUCAAAGCUGAGGAAUUUGAGUGAAAAGAGACGGCAGUCCGCGGCUGCUCACGGACGGACGGACGGACAGGUUGAGGUAAAUUACGGGCUUAUGGUAACAGUGGUGUAGCUAUAACCUACACGGCGGGACACCCUGGAAGAUACGGAGACACAACAGGAGGAUUCCGGACAACGCGGACCUGAUGUAAGGAUCCUCACGGCAAGAUGUGAGAUGAACCGGGAGAAAUCAGCGAUCGAGGCCAACGACAUCAUGUUGGUCCGGGUCUCGCCCGGGCGAGGUCGGGCCAGGGUCACGCACGCCGUGGUGGUGAUCUUCCUGGAGUUCUUCGCCUGGGGUCUGCUGACCACACCCAUGCUGACCGUCCUCCACGAGACGUUUCCUCAGCACACCUUCCUGAUGAACGGCCUGGUUCAGGGAGUGAAGGGCUUCUUGUCUUUCCUGUCGGCUCCUCUGAUUGGCGCUCUGUCCGACAUCUGGGGGAGAAAGUCCUUCCUGCUCAUGACCGUCUUCUUCACUAGCGCGCCCAUUCCCUUUAUGAGGAUCAGUCCUUGGUGGUACUUCGCGCUGAUAUCCGUUUCGGGAAUCUUUGCCGUAACGUUCUCGGUGAUCUUCGCCUACGUGGCCGACAUCACGGAGGAGCACGAGCGCAGCACGGCGUACGGCCUGGUUUCAGCGACCUUCGCCGCCAGUUUGGUGACCAGCCCCGCCAUCGGCGCCUACCUGUCGGCCAAGUACGGGGACAGCCUGGUUGUUCUGGUGGCCACGGUGAUCGCGGUGGCGGACAUCGCCUUCGUGUUCUUCGUCGUUCCCGAGUCGCUGCCGGACAAGAGGAGGCUGACGUCCUGGGGGUUUCCCAUCUCCUGGGAGCAGGCCGAUCCCUUCGCUUCCCUGCGCCGCGUGGGGAAGGACACCACGGUGCUGCUCAUCUGCGUCACCGUGUUCCUGUCGUACCUGCCCGAGGCUGGACAGUACUCCAGCUUCUUCCUUUACCUGAGACAGGUGAUCGAAUUUUCUCCUGCAGCCAUCGCCGCCUACAUCGCCAUGGUUGGAAUCCUCUCCAUAGUCGCACAGACUCUUUUCCUCAGUGUUCUGAUGAGGACCAUCGGUAAUAAGAACACAGUUCUACUGGGCCUAGGCUUCCAGCUGUUCCAGCUCACCUGGUACGGCUUCGGAUCUGAGCCCUGGAUGAUGUGGGCGGCAGGGACGGUAGCAGCAAUGUCCUCCAUCACCUUCCCAGCAGUCUCUGCUCUGGUGUCCCACAGUGCUUCAGCUGACCAACAGGGUGUGGCUCAGGGCAUGAUCACGGGGAUCCGAGGGUUGUGUAACGGUCUGGGUCCGGCGCUCUACGGUUUCAUCUUCUUCCUGUUCAACGUGGAGUUGAGCGACAUCGAACCUGUGGCCGGGGGAACCGCGAAGAGCGCAGAGAAGUCCUUCAUCCCCGGCCCCCCCUUCCUGUUCGGAGCCUGCGCCGUCUUGUGCGCACUCUUCGUCGCCGUCUUCAUCCCCGACAACCACAAAAUGGCCGACGACAAGACGUGCAAGUCCAACAGCACGGCCGACGCCGCUGCCCACGUCCAGAGCUCCAGCCCUCUGGCCACGCCCACGAGCGACAUGGAAGACAUCGAACCACUGCUGCAGGACAGUAGCAUGUGACUGACGGCUGGCCAAUCAUGGCGCAGCAGUGACGCCUGACCUUCUCUCUGCGGGCUCACCACUUUCACGAACGGCUAGUCUAAAUUAGUUUCCCCUCACGGUCAGACAGUUCAGGUCAGGUCACACUGGGUUCAAGGUGCGUAGAUUUUUUUUUUUUUAUUUCUGUACGUCAUGGGAAACGUUUACGAUCCCGCGACACACCGAGAGGCCAAAUCUUUUAGCUUGUCAACGUUUUGUUUGUUUGUUUUUCUGAACACCCUGCGAUGCCGCAGAGGUGAGGACAUUAAACGAACCUCACAGUACGGAGAUGGGGCCGGGGGGUUAACGGGGUAAGACUGGUUUUUUCACCGAGGACAGUGAUGUCAGAGCUGACGUGGGCUCAUGGGAAAUAAAACGUGUGUCACACCUGUGGAGCAGUGGACUCCUGGUGUGGGGUUUGAUUCCGGGUUGUGACGCUGCAGGAAUGUGUGUGACAUCAUCAUCCUCUUAUGUGAAAUUUCGACUAGUCCGUCCUUGCUGGUCGCUGGUCAUCUGUGGUUAAAGUACUAGUUAGUGACAUUACCAAUGAGACAGUUUUAUUCCUCAGUGGAAAAAAAAAUCUGGAACAAUGUGUGUGGCACACCAGUAGGGGGUGCUGUUGUCUGACGCCUGCAGGGUUGUAGGUCAAAUUCCAGACUUUUGAGGUUGUAUGGCACCCCCAGGUGGUCGGGAAAACUUUUAGAGCCUUGGAGUGGUCACUUCAAGGCUCUACAUGGUCCAGACCAGUGUUUCCGAAACUUUUUUCUGGCGACCCAUAUUUUAAAAGUCACAAACCUUCGCGACCCAAGUCAAUAGACAUUAUUCGUAAAUUCCCACCUGAGGGUCGCGACCCAGUCUUUGGGAACCAUGCUCCAGACUGACUGGUUUGAUCCAGCUCACUCCUCCGUCACCGUCUCUUUGUCGUCAUUCAAUUAUUUUAACAAUUAUUUUUAAUAGCGCGUCGUGGUCAGGCCGAGCUCAACGUCGUUACGUAAUUAUUGUUAGGUUUCGCACAUUCCAGUAAAGACGAAAAAAAAAAUUGUUUCAUGAAGCGCUCACUCGUAUUUCGAUACCCGAUCACUGACGUUUCUUCUAGAAGAUUCUGCUGCUGUGCAUGAUGGUCCAUUUCCCUGCGGUGAUGUGUCGACAACCUCACAACUCUGUCAGGUCAAAAGGUCAGAACUAGGGAAGCUAGGCUACUACAUCACCCCCCCCCCAAAAAAAGAAUUGUGUGUACGAAGCCACUAAACUCAGGAUAAAGAAAA